AUGUCGUACGACUUGGAAACCGCUGAGCACGCCGCUUAUGCUCCAUUCUUCGGCUACAUGGGCGCCGCCUCCGCCCAGAUCUUCACCGUCCUGGGAGCCGCCUAUGGAACCGCCAAGUCGGCCGUCGGAAUCUGCUCAAUGGGUGUGAUGCGUCCAGAGCUGAUCAUGAAGUCUGUGAUCCCAGUAAUUAUGGCCGGUAUCAUUGGUAUCUACGGUUUGGUCGUCGCCAUGGUCUUGAAGGGUAAGGUUCAAGCGGCAUCGGCAGGAUACGAUCUCAACAAGGGAUUCGCUCAUUUGGCCGCUGGUUUGACCUGUGGACUCUGUGGAUUGGGAGCCGGAUACGCUAUCGGAAUCGUCGGAGACGCUGGAGUCCGUGGAACCGCCCAACAGCCACGUCUCUUCGUCGGAAUGAUCCUUAUUCUUAUCUUCUCCGAAGUCUUGGGACUCUACGGAAUGAUCGUCGCCCUCAUCCUUGGAACUUCUUAA